UCCUUUUCUCCUCCGGCACCGGCCGCCGGAGCAGGCUAGGGUUCCCCUCCGGGCGAGCUGGAGGCCACGAGCAGCCCCGGCUUCUUCUGCGGCGACCUCUGGUGCGGCCUCAUGGAGCCCAAGGCCGCGCAGCUCGGACACAAGCCUAUAGAAGGGGCCGUAGAGAACUUGAAGAUUGAUGCUAGCACGAAGGCAAGCAACGGCAACUUGCCUGGUGCAAAAGACGCAACUUCUUCGGAUGCAAUAUCGUGCAUUUCCUCGUUAGAUGCAGCUAGCACUGUCAAGGAAACUGAAAUGAACCAAGGAACUUAUAUGGGGGACCAAGGGAUGUAUUACUACGGAUAUUAUUAUCCAGGCUCAUUUGGAGGAUGGGAUGAGAAUGGCUACUAUACUGGAUCGAAUGGACUAGAGAUGCACCCGACAAUGGUCCAAGCUGAAAAUGGGUCUUAUUUGUGUUAUGUGCCCGGUUAUGAAAAUGGAUAUGCUGCUUAUAGUCCGGUUGUUCCUGGAACUGGUGUGGAUGGUCAAUAUGUUAGCAAUGAGACAUAUUACUCCACUGCAAUUCCCAUGCAGAAUUCUUCUACACCUGGCAUGUUUACUCAACCAAUUGCUUAUGGACCUGAACUAGUCCCUGCGUACACCUGGGACCCUUCUUACGUUCUUCUGGAUGGGAUUCAGGGACAUCCAGCUGGUUUGCAUCAAACAAAUUACCCCGCAAGAUCAAACUACACUUCUAAUAAACACGCUGCUCCAUCUUCAAAAGCUUCACGCAGCACAAAGUAUGCCUCGGGUACCAUUAAAGGAUCGUCAUCAACUGUAGACACAGUGCCAACCUCUGCCAAUAAUCAUCCAUCAUCAAAGUUUGCAAAUAAGGCAUCUGGUGCUUCCAUGGCAAAAGGGCAUCUUCCACCUAGCAAGUUUGUGGUGCAUGCUAACCAAGGAAAAGGCAGCCUUUAUCAAAGUAAAGGCAUUAAUGGUAGCGAGAAGCUUAAGGAAAGAAGCAAGCUAAAUGGAUUUGGUGACUGUGAUAUAUCGAAUAACUGCAAUGAUGACUUGAAAAACAGUGUGAGCCCAGGAGCUGAUUUUUCUGGAUUGUCGGGUGUACAGGGGGCUAACGAUGAUACAACUUCACUUGUUAAAGUAAGCAGAGAUUCAUAUAAUCUUCCAGAUUUUGUUACGAAGUAUGAGCAAGCUCUGUUCUUCGUGAUUAAAUCUUAUAGCGAAGAUGAUAUUCACAAGAGUAUCAAGUACAAUGUUUGGGCAAGUACUCCGAAUGGAAAUAAAAGACUUGACAGUGCCUAUAAAGUUGCACAAGAAAGAAUGUCAGGAAAAGGAACCAAAUGCCCUGUUUUCCUCUUCUUUUCUGUUAAUGCUAGUGGUCAGUUCUGUGGCGUGGCUGAGAUGGUUGGCCCACUUGAUUUCAACAAGAAUAUGAACUUCUGGCAACAGGACAAGUGGAACGGAUUCUUCCCAGUAAAAUGGCACAUUAUCAAGGAUGUGCCUAAUCCACAGUUUCGACACAUAAUAUUGGAGAAUAAUGAGAACAAACCUGUUACAAAUAGCAGGGACACACAAGAGGUCAAGUUUCUACAAGGUGCAGAGAUGCUGAAAAUUUUCAAGAACUUCUCAUGUAAAACGUCAAUAUUGGAUGACUUUGAUUUUUACGAGAAUAGGCAGAAAGUAAUGCAGGACAGAAGAGGCAAGCCGCUUACUACAUCAUUGGGUCACUUCAUGCCAAAAGAUGAAAAACCUGAAGAGUUUAAGAAGCAAGUUCAAAUUUUAAGUACUGGAGAGCUUGAUAAAGCCAAGAAAAACGAGGAGCAGAGCAACAAUGUUACAACAGAUCUUGAUGCAGCCGAGAGAAGUAGGGAGCAGAGCGAUGACGUCGCAGCAGCUAUUGAUACAACCAAGAGAAGUGAGGAGGAGGCCAAUAAGGUCGCGGCAGAUAUUGAUACACCCGAGAGAAGUGAGGAGCAGAGCGACAAGGUUGUGACAGAACUUGGACUUGGUACAGACAGGAGAAGCGCAGAGCAGACCAACAGUGUUGCUAGGGCAGGCUGAUGACAUGGAGUAAGGGCGUACCUGAACAGGUGGUACUAUCAGAUCGGAGAAACAAUAAACUUGGCUGUGCGGAACACUGAUAUCAGUCAAUCAUCCUGGAAGCUAUUCCAUUUUCUCAAGCAAGUGGAAAAUGAAAAAGCAAAUCCUCGGAGCUGUCUUCCCAUGAGAAAUAUUCGAUGACUGGGAAAAUGGUCUGAGGCAUAUCUUUCUAGAGAUGUUCCCAUACUUACUACCUCUGUCACCGAGGCAGCACCCUCCAAUUUCUAAUUUUCUGCUAGGAGGGAGUAUUUCAAUCCUCUUUGUUGUCAGUAUUUUUUUUCUUAUCUUGUGUUCUUUUUCCGUGUCUAAUAUCUAACUCUACCACUAAGUUAUUGGGAAGCAAAUCACUUGCGUGCGGGUUUAGGGACUUGUGUUAGGUACUAGCAAUGAGGCAAAAAGGAAAAAAAAAAGUGUUGCCAUUUUCAUUGAUUUUAGUAGUGUGUAGAUUGACUUCAAUUUGUAUCAGAAUUUCUUCCAUUAAUGAGAAAAAGAAAAGGAGAAAGUGACCGAAGAGCUGUUCA